GGUGUGUUGGUGCCAUCAAAAGCGCAGUCGUCUUGGGGCUUUGCCGGAUUUUUGAUUGUUAAAGCUUACUACGAUGAAGUUUUAAUACAGUUUCAAGAUCUAAAAACAAAAGUUUCGAACGGCGCAGAUGAGCUUGAUAUGAAAAAAAGUGGUAUAAAUGUUGAUGGUCCUGCUGUUGAUCUCUUAAAGCCAUUUAAAAUUCAAUAUAAAAAUGGACGAGUAGAUAAUUUUAGCGUUGAAGCUAAUGAAGCAGUGUGGGCAACAAACAUUAAACGUAGUCUUGCUGGAAUUUUGCAAUUAAAUUUAAAUGCUUUAGAAACACACGCAGCAUUCCACUCAACUGAGGUGAAUCAUUAUGGAGAGUGUAUUAUCGAAUAUAUUAUUGUGGUCGAAUCAGACAAUAAACGUAUGAUACGGAAAUCAGUCGAUCCUAGAAAAUGUAAAGGUCAUUCACAUCGAGUUUGGAGUAAUGUACCUCAUAUGCCAUGUUCAAACGUCGAUCAAAAUCCAAUAUUAAAGUCUAGUGAAAGAUUUUAUGAAGCCAAAGUCGUAGGUAAUAAAACACAAUUCUUAAGCAUUAAUGCUACAGGUGAAAUUUACGUUCAACCUUUUCAAAGUUUUGGUGAAGCUCAUUUUAUGACUUCAAACCAAAAAAUGAGAUUGUUAUCAGAAAGAGAUCACGAAGAAAAAGUACAGACGAAUAACUUUCAAAUAAAAACUCUUCAACACGAUUUGCCAGGGGACGAUUUAACUCAAGGAAGAGGGGUGUUGGACAAAGCUUCCAUUCUGAAAACUAUCAGUGUACUGCUAGAUCGUUUGAGUCAACGACUUGAAAAUCCUGGACUCGAUACAGAAGUUAAUAAUCUUCACAAUACAACUAUUUCUGUGUUAUUGUACUAUCUUGGUAUGCUAAAUAGAGUAGAUUUACAAGCAGCCUACAAUAACAUAUCUGGAACUAGUUACAAAGAAGAAACUGUUAGGAAUAUGUUUUUAGAAGCACUGCCACAAGUAGGAACAACAGAAUCAGCAUUGUUUGUUCUAGAGCUUAUUCAAUCAAGAAGUGUGUCAGAUAUGACUGCAAUUCAACUCUUGACUCAUCUUCCUUUUCAUGUUCGUCAACCUGAUGUUCAACUGCUGUUGGGUUUACAACCAUUACUUAAUCUUCAUAAUAAAAUUGCUCCUGAAGUUCAACACACUGGGAUACUUACAUUUGGAACUUUAAUCUACAAAACAUGUCUUGCUUAUUGUCCGUAUGAAAUGCUUGAUGAUUAUGUCAAAUUUUACUUAGAUAAAUUGACAGAAAGCAGAGAUUAUGAAAAGAAAAUGGUAUGGCUAGAGGGUUUGUCAAAUAUUCAGCUUGGUAGAGUUGUGGAAUUUCUUGAACCUAUUGCAAGUGGAAACAAUGGAGAAUCCAGGCAUUUGAGAGUUCUUGCUGCAUGGGCGUCUUUACCAACUGCUCCUCUUCGCCCUGAUGUGAUAUAUCCAGUAUAUUGGCCUAUUCUUACCAACCGAACAGAACAUUUAGAGAUGCGCAUAGCUGCGUUAACGCUACUGAUUGUUUCUAAUCCAUCAGCAAAUCGUUUAUUAUCUUUAUAUUGGUAUCUAAAGUGUGAACCAAACCCACAUCUUUACAACUAUUUUUAUACUACAUUGAAAUCAGUGGAAAGAACCAAAUUUCCGUGUUAUGCUAAGAUGAGUGGAAUUGUAGCGCAAUUUGCUAGAAUAAUGAAAAAGCCGCCUUUCAAUCAACACAUUCUCACUGGAAACUAUAUGUUUGAUUAUCAAGAUUCAAAAAGACAUUUUGGAGCAUUUGUUCAAGGUAUACUCAUUGCCAAUUCCGUAACCAACAUUCCAGAAGUAGCUUACAUUACUCUAAAUAAUCAUGGUACUGGAUUUGAUUUGAAUCACGUUUCAAUAUACAUCAAAGGUGAAGGAAUAUUAACUGCCAUUUCAACAAAUUUGAAUGACUUAAGUUUGUCAACUCGUAUUGAAGACAUUCUCAAGAAAUUUAAAUUAAAAAGUUUGAAUGGCAACCCAGUGCACUUUGAACUUAUUGUUAAAAUUCAGCAGAAAGCUGUUUUGUGUUUACAUCUUAAUCAAACAAAUCUUGUAGAAGUAUUCAAAUAUAUAUCAACGUUGAAGGAGAGUACAUACCAUGUGUACGAAACAAUGGAAUUCCAUGUAAAUCAACAAAGAAUUCAUGUACCAUUGACCAUGGAGGCAAUUCAAGUUACGGAUUUGGGCACAAAUGUAAGAGUAGCAGUGAUUGCUACAUCUUUAUUUUCAAUGAGAGGAAAUUUCACUCACAUUUUACGUGGUCGAAAUAAUCAUUUUAUCUUGAGAACAUCAAUCCAUGGAACUGAAAUGGUUGAAAAUUAUAAUCCCUUGAGCGAUUUUUGGCAUGCAGCAGUUAGAUCUCAAUCUGUUCAUGGCUACUUGCCUGUGAAUGUAACUUUUGGAUUUCACGAUACAUUAUUCCUUUCUUACAAUACACCUGAAGAAAAAUUCAAAGCUGGUCUCAUUGCACACGUUCGAACAAUUACAACUAUCGUAGGUUUUAAAGUAAAAAAUAGAUUAAAAUAUAUUUGUCCUAAUUGUUCAGUUGUCCAUACUGUUAAACGUUUACCGAAACGAGAUACUAAGUCCAAAACUAUAUACGAUUUUGAAAUUUCUGAGUUAGGAGGAGUAUUUGGUCUGAAAACAUUCGAUUGUGAAGACAGAAGUCCAUAUGAAGAAUCAAUUUUAACAGAUAUUCUAUCAACACAUCAAAGCAAUUGCCAAAUAUCGCCUAUUCUGGAAGUCGUUCUUUUAGGGUUGCAUAUUUUUGAUUACUUGUCUUAUGUUCCACCAUCAGGAAGUUGUGGUUUAGAAGCAUAUCUCAAACCAAUUAGUGCGCUCUCUUCUGAGGUCAAAUUCGAAUAUACGCAGCGUAAUAAAAAUUAUAUAUAUGCCUUAACACGAAAAAAUAUCAACACGGCGGAAAUACUAAGUCAGUGGAAUGUUGCUGUUGCAUAUGACAUCACAAGUUGGCUUUCAGAUACAUUAAAAAUUAAAGCAACUAGAAGCAUCACUUCAGAAGACAAAAUAUUAAAAUUCUGCAUUGAAGUAGAUAGAGAAACUCCUUGGGAUUGGGACUUUUUGAGCACAAAACCAAGUGAUCCCACUGAAAUGAAACUUCAUGCUGUUUGGGGCUUGGCAAAUGCAGCAAAAGGAAAUUGUCAUGGAUCCUUACUCGAUAUAAGUUUGAUUGGAGAAAUAUCUAACGAUCAAAUCAGAGAAGCCAAAGAAAAUAUAUGGCCUUACAAUGAGUGUCAAGAACAAGUACAAGGAAAAUAUUUUACCCCAUUUACUGAAGCUUGCUAUGAAGUUUCAAAAGAAAUGUCAACUUUGAGGAAGUAUAAAGUCACAAUUACACAUGAAAAUCUUCCUUUAAACUUAUUAAAGUUAGGAUGGAAAUUAAGAGGGUUAUAUGACUUAGCUGGAGGGAAUAGUUAUAGGUUCGUUAAUGCAAAUAAAGUUACAGUCACAACAACUUUUCCAAAAGACUCCAAUGUUGCUGAAGUAUCAGUCAAUGGUGAAAAAAUAUACACAGAAUUUAAUGCUAAUUUAGUUGAUAACAUUUUAAUUCGAAGUAGAUUGCAUAAAUACAUCAAUAGUGCAUUCUUGAAAUCAUUUUUCAGUACAUGUACUCUGACACCUCAAGUUAUCAUUUCUUCCAAGAACAUUUCUAAUACUUAUGUAAUAGAUUCAGAAAUGUUAAUGUUUGCUCGAUGUGACUACAAAAAUCCAAAAUUUGCAUUGACUGCAAUAAAUAGAGGAAGUUUUAUUGAACUGACUUUUGAUGAUGAGACUGAUAGAAUAACUCUAAGUCUUGAUGGCCAAAAGAGUGUAGUACACAACCAUACAAUUCCUGUACCAAUGUCAAGAAAUUUUGAGUUUUCUUACAUUGGAUCAAAAUGGUAAUGUAUAAAUUCUUUAGCACAUGCAGCUGUAGUAACAAAAAUGCAUGUAUUAAAUAGAAUUCUUUUAGAGCAUUUUAUGAUAUAAUCACAAAAUAAGCAGAUCUUUGAGUUUAUUUAUUCAUUAAUUCAUAUAAAAAAUUAAUUACACAAGUUUUCAAUUUACUAAAGAUGCAUUUUUUGUUAAUUAUUUGUAAAUGUACUUAGAAAAUUUACAUUGUUAGAGCUUCUAAAAUCUUAAUUAUAUUUUCUAUGAAUUGAUAGAAUAUUUCAAUUACCUAACAAGUAACAAUAUUUUUAAUACUAGGAUCAGGAUGGAUAAACAAAGGGUUGACUUAAUUUAUGCAGAAAUUCUACUUUAUGUUCAUUGGUCUCCUGAUCAAAUUCUCUUAUUUUACCCUAAUUAUAUCGAAGAAUUUGUAUGUGGAUAUUGUACAUUGCAAGAUAAU